AUGAAAGAGCUCCUUGCCAACCUUGGGAUGGCCAACAGAGAGCAACCGCUACAAGAUGUUGCUGUCAUGGAAGUGGGUGCCACCCAGGAAACCAGUGUCCAGAAGAUUCUUCAUCUGACUGACCAGCUGAAAGUAUGUGUUUGCCUACUUUUGGUUCUUGUUUUCUUUCUCCUCAAGUUGGGACAGAUCACCUUGAAGAGUUUAAUUCGUUUUUUUGCUUCUUUCCAGUGCCACAAUAAAAGGGUCAGAACAAAGGCAAGAGGCUCCCCAAACUCGCAGUCGGCCCAGCUAUGUGAGAUGAAUAACGGAAUGACUGUUUCAAGCCUCUCAACUGUAAAUACAAGUCAGUCGGACAUAAUAUUAAAUAAUGGACUUGAGAUUAUCCCUACUACUUGUGACUCAGAGGUUGCUGAUGCUCUAACUGAAUUUAAGUUAUUUCCCAGGAAUUUGGAAUUAAGUCUAUUAUUUAAAAAUGAUAAUAUUCAAACCCAGACAAAAUACCUAAAACCAGCUAAUAUGGAGCUCCCCAACAUGAACUCUUCUGCGGCUUUAGACGAAUUCAUGUGCAAGUUAUCACUUGAUCGGGAAUUUUCCAGAAACUUGAUAACAAGCAUGUAUAAAGUAUAUGAAGAUUCUUCCAAUCAAAUAAAGUUUUUAGAAGAAAAAAUCGAGAAACUUUCAAAUCAACUUCAAGUUGUGACACAAUGGGCUACCUCCACAGACAAGAACAUGAGAGUCACAAAGAAGUGUCUGGAAGCCAUUUACAGAAACAAUGUAAAAGAUCGAGAAAAAUUUGAAAAACUUUCAAAUCAUCUUCAAGUUCUGACACAAUGGACUGCCUCCACAGAAAAAAACAUGAGAGACACAAAAAACAGUCUGGAGACCUUGUACAGGAAUAAUGACACAAAAGCUCGAGAAAAAAUUGAAGAACUUUCAAAUAAACUUCAACAUCUGACAGAACGGGUCACCUCCACAGACAAGAACAUAAGAGACACAAAAAGCAGUCUGGAGACCUUGUACAGGAAUAAUGACACAAAAGCUCGAGAAAAAAUUGAAGAACUUUCAAAUAAACUUCAACAUCUGACAGAAUGGGUCACCUCCACAGACAAGAACAUAAGAGACACAAAAAGCAGUCUGGAGACCUUGUACAGGAAUAAGGACACAAAAGAUCGAGAAAAAAUUGAGGAACUUUCAGAUGAACUUCAAGGUCUGAGACAACGGGUUGCCUCCACAGACAAGAAGAUGCGAGACACAAAACACAGUCUGGAGACCUUGUACAGGAAUAAUGACACAAAAGAUCGAGAAAAAAUUAAGAAAAUUUCAAAUCACGUUAAAGAACUAAAACAAUGGGCUGCCUCCACAGACAAGAACAUGAGAGACACAAAAAGUCUGGAAACCUUGUACAGGAAUAAUGACACAAAAGAUCGAGAAAAAAUUGAGGAACUUUCAAAUAAACUUCAGUACCUGACAAAAAGGGUUGACACCACAGAGAAGAACAUGAGAGACACAAAGAACAGUCUGGAAAUCUUGUACAGGAAUAAUGACCCAGAAGAUCGAGAAGAAAUUGCGGAACUUUCAAAUCAAAUUCAAAGUCUGAGACAAUGGGCUGCCUCCACAGACAAGAACAUAAGAGACACAAAACACAGUCUGGAGACCUUGUACAGGAAUAAGGACACAAAAGUUAAUACAGGUGGAGAUAAAUAUGUGGAACUUUCAUAUGAAAUUCAAGGUCUGAGACAACAGAUUGCCUCCACAGACAGGAACAUGAGAGACACAAAAAUCAAUCUGGAAAUCUUGUACAGGAAUAAUGACACAAAAGAUCGAGAAAAAAUUGCAGAACUUUCAAAUCAACUUCAAGUUCUGACACAAUGGACUGUCUCCACAGACAAGAGCAUGAGAGACACAAAAAGCAGUCUGGAGACCUUGUACAGGAAUAAUGACACAAAAGGUCAAGGAAAAUAUGCAGAACUUUUAAAUCAACUUCAACAGCUGACAACAUGGGUUGCCUCCAUAGACGGGAACAUGAGAGACACAAAAAACUGUCUGGAAACCACUUAUAGGAAUAAUGACACAAAACAUCGAGAAAAAAUUGCAGAACUUUCAAAUGAAAUUCAAGGUCUGAGACAACAGAUUGCCUCCACAGACAGGAACAUGAGAGACACAAAAAUCAAUCUGGAAAUCUUGUACAGGAAUAAUGACACAAAAGAUCGAGAAAAAAUUGCAGAACUUUCAAAUCAAAUUCAAGGUCUGAGACAACAGGUUGCCUCCACAGACAGGAACAUGAGAGACACAAAAAGCAGUCUGCAAAUCUUGUACAGGAAUAAUGACACCACAGGGCACAGCACCUCUGCCGUAAACGUGUUAAACCAGACAAGCUACACACCAGAGUAUUUAUCAGAAGCUGUUUUCACAGAAGAUGUUGGUCCUUCCUUGUCUUAUGGAAUGACACAAACAUCCCACUAUAAUACCUUAUCUUAUGGAUCCAUGAUAGCAGCACCUACCCAGCCUAAUAAUGUCUCCAGUACAGAGAAGACACUAUAUAGAUGUCAUUGUGGAUGGGAAAAUAUUACAACAUACAGGGGAUUCAGAAUUCACCAAGGAAAGAAAAAAUGCGGAUAAGACGUAAGCUUCAUGAUGGAUAGCGCAUCUUUUAGUGUAUGGUUGCCACCCUGUAAUUGUUUCUUUGUUUCUUAGAUUAUUUUUUUAUCUUGUUUCUUUCAUCAGGAUUUUCAUUUUCGUAGAGAUGCCAGGAAACCUUUAUUAAUAAAAGUGAAAGGGUGGUUGUGAAGACAUGAAAUAUAUCAUUUACUGGAAAUGUCAGGAGACCUUUAUUAACAAUAAAAUAAAUUAGAUGUUAAAUAAUGCCAUUUGACAAAUUUCAUAUCACUGUAACAUUUAAUAUGUGCAUCCCUUAUUUUUAUUUCUUUAAUUAACUCAUUUUAGUUGCAUAUUGUACAUUAUGUGACAAAAAGGUAUUAAUCUGACAGAAUCUUUCUAUGCCUAGUCUCUCUCUCUCUCUCUCUCUCUCUUGGUCUGUUUAUGAUCUAAUCUUAUUUUAAAUGCAGAUUAUACUGCAUCUGUCCAUUAAAUUAACUGUUUUAAAGCAAAUUAUAUUUACGUCAUAAAACCUAAUAAGGGAGGGUAGUACUGGUGAUGGAUAAAACUGAUUGCAGCCAAGGAAUGACAAGGAGUUGUAGUAUCUGACGAGGCAUAUGAUAUAUGACAUAUCAUACAGCCUCAUUAAAUGAGGUCAAUAUAGCAUAUAAAAUAGAUAUAGGUUCAUAGGUAGGUACUAGGCUAUCUGCCCGAAGGCAUUUAUAAGCCUAGCCAGAAUGUGUUGGCUUUCG